UUUGAGAUGAGUGCUACUCAAUGAGUGAGACUCAAUGAGUGAAUGACAGUAGCACUUAGUUCUCUGUAUCAGCAGCCAGUCUUGAAGUUGGCUAGAAGUGGUAGCAGCUCUCCUGUCCUUGCUCGGAUAACCGCCAACAUUCGUGGAUUUGCAAUCCAAAAUCCUACGACGGCCACAUAUAUAUUUAUAUAUAUGUGUGUAUAUGCAUCUCUGUGUGUAUAACACAACACGAUCUCUCGGUCAUUAUAUCUUGCUUUUUGUCUUUUCUAUGCCUGUUAAUUUCGUUCUAUUUCGUUGUUGAGCCAAAGAAAAAGAAAAAAAAAACCCUUUAUAUUGCAUUAUAUAUAUAUAUUAUAGAAUAUAUAUAUACAUAUAUCUCUUUAUAUAAUCCGGACAAAUAUACAACAAGCAAUCAAAUUAAUAUUAACGAUUAUUGUAACACAAACAAAUCUAUCACUACAGAAACCGCAGCAAUAACUGAAAGAAAACACCCCCCUCCAUAAUAAUAAUAAUAAUAAUAUCCCCCUGCUUUUCACUAAGUUUCUAUGGUGGUGGUGGCGACGUGUGUAGCAGUUUAUAUAACUCUCCCAGUUUGUAAGUUUUCGCUGGAGCCUGCAGCAUAAACACAGAUUCACACGUAUCUGCAUGUAACAUCGCGAUUAUUGUAUGAAAAAAAGAAAGAGCGGAAAAUAUAUAAAUAUAAAGAUAUAAGAAGGACAAAUUUGAUUAAUUAAUAAAUCUUUCUGAAAUUUUGUGAUUUAACGUGAUAAUCACACCCGUCGAUCACCAGAAUCAAUCGUAAAUAUUUUUGAUUUAAUUCUGUUUGUUUCUUCUUUUAAGUGACGAAGUUUUUGAAAAAAAUAAAAAAGAAGAAGGAACAAAUGAACUACACUGUUAUAUUCUCAGAUCAAUAUAUUUUGGAAAAAAAAAGAAAAAAAAGACAAUAGCUAAAAAAAUAUUAAAAAUUAGUAGCAAUUUAUUUCUUUAAAAAAUAUAUAUAUAUAUACGAAAAUAUUAAAAACAUCUACGGACCUCUAUACAUAUCGUUAUCGUCGAAAUCCUAUCAUCUUCUUUGAAAAUCAAAUCGCUAAAGGCAAAAAUGAAUAUAUAGACACAUACAUAUUGAUAUAUAUUUAUUUAUAAAGGCACAGAACGUCUAUAUAAAACACUAGGAUAAAUUUCGAACUUCUUAAUUAGCAGAGCUGAAGAACGGUUAAACAAACGUUGCAGAGAAACGCCUGAAGCCUUUGGUAGCUGCUUCGACCAUUAAGUUACUUUGAUAACUUAAUAAUAAUAAUAAAAAAAGAGCCUGAUAAAUCUUCUUCCGUUGGUGAUCGCCCACCUCGAAACCAGACUAAAUUUAAUACUACCUUGGGGAUUUUGUCCAGUUGAUGCAAUCCUAAAUGAGGCCCAUUCAAACAACCCUGUUACUAUUAGCACUAUGUGUGUACGGAGCACUGAGCGUGAUUCGGAAAAAAAGAAGCAUUUUAGAUACGGCCGAAAAUCCGAGCGACCUGCAUGAAGCUUUGCGUGUACUUGAACGUGAAAGGCGGCGUUUUCAAUUGCAUGCAGCCGACGAGGUACUCCCUCAGGAAGGCAUACAAUAUCAAGAUCAACCGAUCAUAGUUGAUAAUCAAGGGGAUGACAAUGACGUCGUUGAUGAAGUUGAUGAAGACGAGGAGGAGGAUAGUGAAAAUGCAGGAAGUCUGAAUGAUGCAAAUUCUGAUAACUUGCUCUACUACGGUCCGGAACAAGCUCGUGACGUACAAAGUUUGAUGAGUCAGAUUGAAGAAGAUCCUUUAGAACGAGCAGGUGAUCGUGACAGACGUUUGAAUUCAUUCGGGCUCUCAGAUGCAAAAGACGAUCUAGCUUUAAAUAAGAGGCCUUCACUUGAUUCAGAUUAUAAAAGGCUUUAUAAAAAGUACGCCAAGAAAAUGGCUAAGCGAAAUAACUUGACGCCAGAAAACGCCGACGCUGUGGAAUCUGCAUUUAACAACUUAACGCCAGAAGAAAUUGAAAACUUAAUUUUACUCGCCGGUCGUUUGCAAAAUCGAGAAAUCGAAAAGAAGCUAAACAUGGAUGACUUAACAUCUGAUAAAAAACGGGACCGAAAGCGAGGAAAAUUUGAAGAAGCAGACGACAGAAACACGCUGAGUGCAGCUGAACUGCGGGAUUUGAUACAAAACAACGCCAUGUCAGACGAUAUUGAUGAGUCAACAACAGAAGAUGGUUAUGGAAGCCGGCAAUUUCAGAGAGAAAUGGAAGACGAACCAGGAGAUAAUCUUAUUGUUGAUGACCAGUCGAAUAGCGAUUUGAUGGAGAUGAGCAUCGGUGAUCUGGCGAAAUUAGACAAACUACAGCGUCUGCAAAAACAAUUCAUGAAAGAUGCUGAGAUUGCUGAGGAAAACAGCUUGAAUGAACAGGAUGAAAAUAAAGAUGAGAGCUGGGUGCCACAGCAGAGCAGCAUGGCAGAAGAUUUGGUUCCUGUUUCUGAUUCACUGCAAGGAGAGGAUGGGGAUGAGGAAGAAUCAUCAGAUUUUAAUGCUGAAAAUCAAGAAAUAGGAACACCAGAUAUAGCCAAAAUCAUCGCUAAACUAUGGAUCAAGCACAAACUAGAAGGGAUGGAAAUAGAUUACUUGACUGACGCCCUCAAAGCUGCAACAGCUUCUCAAUCAACGCAGAAUACAGAUGAAUCGAUUCCAAGAGAAAUUACUGAUCUUCAAAACGCCAUUAAAGUAGAAAAACUUAUGGAAGAACUAGGAAACAAGGAAAUAGAUUCGGACACAGAAGAAGCCUUGGACAAACUGGCAUUGGAAUAUCUCCGAAGAUUUGAUCGUCGUUCAAAUGAUAUCAAAAGUUCUGUAAACAAGAGAUCUCGGCCGAUUAUCAGAAUGGCGGCAAACGAUUUAGAAAACAAUAAAGAAAGCGACUACAUAGGCAACCAACAGAACUACCAAAACAAUCUAAUGGACGAACCGCUUAGGAAAAACAUUCAGUUGCCUUUAUUGUAUGAUAUACCAGACAACAGACUUCAAAUGUUACAAGACAACAGAGAAAACAUUCCAUCCACGGAUCUAACAGACACAAUGCAAUACCCGAUGAUGAGUAUCGGUGAAAAUCCUACAAUGGACAACAUGGUAGACGAUGAAAUCUCGUUAGCAAGAAAUUCUUUACCAAAUGAAGGUGAGAAUGAUGUUGAAGAAGAGGAAAGUAAUGACGACGAUGACGAUGUUGAUAAUGAAGAGGAAAACGAGGAGGAAGAAGAGAUGGAGGAUGACGUUGCGAGAUUCGAAAAUGCGAAAAACUUGAAAGAGCAAGAGUUAUCGGACUUGGCAGCAUUAAACGCUGAAGAGGAAAGAGAAGAAGAAGCGGCGUUAAAUUUUCGAAUGAUGCUCGAUGAACUGGACAAAGAAAACAAACUUCGGAAUAGACUGCUGGAAGAAGAAGAAGCAGAAGAAGAAGAGGAGGAGGAAGAGGAGGCAGAAGAAGAAGCCGAAGAAAGACGGCGAGAAGAAGAAGCUGAAAAAGAAUGUCCACUUUUAUCAAUGGCCGGAAAUUGCCAGUUUGCCGAUAUGUUGAAGAUACCUUUCAGUUCUGUCACUCGAGAUCUUUGCAACCGACACGCAAUGUGUUAUAACUGCGGUUCUUCAAUGCGGUUAGGACCAACAGUGUGUGACCGAGGCUUCCUUGCCGAUUCAAUUAAAUCUUGCGACAACAAUAUUGAGUGCAUGCGGGAAGCGAACACAUUCCUCAGUUUGAUGAAAGUAGCUCACAAGUACAACAGCACGCCGAACCGCCUUUGCGAACGACCGUGCGUACGUGACUACGUGAUCGGCCUGUGAUACGACGACGACGACGAUGACCACAACAAGAACAACAACAACAACAACAACAACAACAACAACAACAACAACAACAAAAUUAACAGCAGCAGCAGCAGCAAUGACAACAGCAUGACGGCAAGGUCCGUCUGCCAAGGAAGAUGCUACUACGGUCACCCCGAAUAUCUAACUGCUCCGACCCUUCACCAUUACCACCACGUGACCAAAGAUAGACCACGUGAGCAAACACAUACACCAUGUGACCAAAUUUGAACAGCAAAAUUGAAUCGAUGCCAUUCUGAUCCUGAUUUACGUAAAACUGAAAGAAAGAAUUUGUUUAGGGAACUGUGAUAUUGUUUGGAGAGAGAGAGAGAGAGAGACAGACAGACGUUUAUGGAAUGUAGAGUUAUGUGAAGGUGUUAGACACACAUACAGGAGUGGAACGACCACUACCGGCCACUACCACCAAUACUAUAACCACCACCACCACCACCACCAGCACUACUACUACUACUACUAUUAGAAACAACACAAACACUACUAGUAACACUGCUACCAUUGCUACCACUAAUGCCACAACCACUGUAAAUACUAAUGCCACUACCACUACUACUACCACCACCACCACACCACCAUCAUCACCACUACUACUACUACUACUACUACUACAAAACCACCACCACAAUACUACUACUAAUACUGUCAAAAACACAACUACAACUACCAACGUCAAAACCACUGUUAUAACUGCUACCACCAACAUGACAAUCACCACUACUACAAUUGCUACACCUCCUAUCACCACUUCUCCCAAUACUGUAGCUACCAUUGCCUCUACUAUGAACUUCCCGACUACUAUCACUAGCACUAACACCAUGGCCAUCACCACUAAACAGACCCCUUCAGCUACCAAAAUUACUACAACGACACAACUACCACCACCACCACCACA